AUGACCCUCAUCGUCCACCACCUCGGCCAUUCCCAAUCCGACCGCAUCGUCUGGCUCUGCGAAGAACUCGGCCUGCAAUACACCCUCAAGAAAUACGACCGCAGCCCCGUCCUCGCACCCCCCGAAUUCAAAGCCCUGCAUCCCAUCGGCGCCGCGCCCGUCAUCGAAGACACCCUGCCCAACUCCGGGGACAAGGAGGGGAAGAAGAUCAAACUCGCCGAAACGCAGGCCUGCGUCGAAUGGAUCUGCAAUAAACACGGCCACGGACGGUUGCUGGUGUCACCGCACGAGGAGAAUUAUGCGGACUUUUUGUAUUGGUAUCAUAUCACGAAUGGGACGCUGCAGCCGUCGGUGGGGCGGUUGAUGGCGAUGCAGCUGGCGGGGAUUCCGGCGGGCAACGAGACGUUGAAGCGGUACGAGGCGAAGAUUUAUCAGGUGCUGGGGUUGGUGGAUGAGCGGUUGGGGAGGUCGACGUGUUUAGCCGGGGAGGAGUUGACGGGUGAGACUCUUUGCUGCUUUUCUUUUAGUUCUUUCUUUCUUUCUCUCUUUUUCAAAAAAAGGAAAUCUUCUUGGUUUUUUUUAUGAGGGGUGCUGAUGUGAUAUCUUUGUCUGCUGACUAGUUGCCGAUAUCAUGAUCAUCUUCUCGUUGACGACGAUGAGAGAGGUAUGUUCAUGUUCCGUCUUGGGGACAAGAUACCCUUUCACUUACUAACACGACGAGCAGUUCUGCCCAUUCGAUCUCUCCAACUACAAGAACAUCCUAUCUUAUAUCCAAAAAAUCGUCAAACGACCGGCAUACCAGAGCUAUCUCCAAAAGGGAGAUCCCGAUAUCGCCAUCCACAAUUACGUCCAGGGCCCUCCGCCUCCCAAACAUCCAGCCUUGGCUGGUCACAAGUAG